CGUCACUCGGCCGCGCCCAGGUUCUCCUCGGUGGCGCCCCUUGGUCCCGGUGGCGGCGGCGGGGACCGGAGGUCGUCCGGGGCGGGUUCCCCUCGGCGCUCCCCCAUGGAGGAGGCGGCGCGCACGGCUGCAGCCCCGGAUGCUUGCACCUCCCACUGGACGGCGACGAAGGCGCUGGCCACGCGAGCUCAGGAGGGGGUGGCUAGUGCGGCCUGUGUGGGAGUGUGAGCCGAGGUGACCGGGGCCGGAGAGUGGACAGGAAGCCGCGCGGCGGGCCUGCAGACCGGGGUGAGGUCGCCACUUUCUUCCUUUCAGGCUGGAGCUACUCUGCCAGGGCUUAAAACUUUAAAUGAGAAUAAAGGGUAUUAUUAACGAGGAAAUGAGAGUGAAUAAGUCAUCUCAAACCUCUUCCAGCCUUUUUUUCAUAAGAGAGACCAUAUUAAACUUACAUGCUCUCCCGGCUGUGAUUGAGCUUCACUUACACAGAGUGGGAGCAGAACAUUACCAGGUCCGAAAAUAGUGAAGCAACUAUUCCUUUCAGGACUUUCACACUGAUGUCCUGUUUUCAAACUGUUUGAAGACUGCAUCAUCCUGCCUCCAGCACCAGCAGUUUCUCUGUUCUUGAUCAAUGUGAUUCACAGUAACUUAAGUAGCAAACGAAAUGAGCCAGGGGCGUGGAAAGUAUGACUUUUAUAUUGGUCUGGGAUUGGCUAUGAGCUCCAGCAUUUUCAUUGGAGGGAGUUUCAUUUUGAAAAAAAAAGGCCUUCUGCGACUCGCCAGAAAAGGCUCCAUGAGGGCAGGUCAAGGUGGCCAUGCAUAUCUUAAAGAAUGGUUGUGGUGGGCUGGACUGCUAUCAAUGGGAGCUGGCGAGGUGGCCAACUUUGCUGCGUACGCUUUUGCACCAGCCACCCUAGUGACUCCGUUAGGAGCACUCAGUGUCCUAGUAAGUGCCAUUCUGUCUUCAUACUUUCUAAAUGAAAGGCUUAAUCUUCAUGGAAAAAUUGGGUGUUUGCUUAGUAUCCUGGGAUCUACAGUUAUGGUUAUUCAUGCUCCAAAAGAAGAGGAGAUUGAGACUUUAAAUGAAAUGUCUCACAAGCUAGGGGAUCCAGGUUUUGUGGCCUUUGCAACACUUGUGAUCAUUGUGUCCUUGAUACUAAUCUUUGUGGUGGGACCUCGCCAUGGACAGACAAACAUUCUUGUGUACAUCACAAUCUGCUCUGUGAUCGGAGCAUUUUCAGUCUCCUGUGUUAAGGGCCUGGGCAUUGCUAUCAAAGAGCUGUUUGCUGGAAAGCCUGUGCUGCGACACCCCUUGGCCUGGAUUCUGCUGCUGAGCCUUAUAGUCUGUGUGAGCACACAGAUUAAUUACCUGAACAGGGCCCUGGACAUAUUCAACACUUCCAUCGUGACUCCAAUAUACUACGUAUUCUUUACGACAUCAGUUUUAACUUGUUCAGCUAUCCUUUUCAAGGAGUGGCAAGAUAUGCCUGUUGAUGAUGUCAUUGGUACUCUGAGUGGCUUCUUUACAAUCAUUGUGGGAAUAUUUCUGUUGCAUGCCUUUAAAGACGUCAGCUUUAGUCUAGCAAGUCUGCCUGUGUCUUUUCGGAAAGAUGACAAAGCGAUGAAUGGCAGUCUCACUAACAUGUAUGAAGUUCUUAAUAAUAAUGAGGAGAGCUUAACCUGUGGAAUCGAACAACACACUGGUGAAAACAUCUCCCGAAGAAAUGGAAGUCUGACAGCUUUUUAGUAAGAAAGAUGUAAUUAAAAGGUUAAUCUGUAACCGUGUUAUAAAGUGGAUUUGAAUAUCAGAAUGUGUCUGAAAAAGCAUUGUUCUCAAAUAAUGUUCUCUAGAGACAAUCUUUUUUAAGGUUUCACUAAAUUGGACCAAGAAAUUACUUUUCUUAUAUUUAAAUGAUGGUAGCUCACUAAAAUGACCUCAGUACAUGGCCAAUUUCUAUUAACAUUGUGUUAUUGUAGAGGUAUUUUAAAUUUUCCUUCACCAAAAUCUAAAUGCACUAAUGACAGUUUUAAGUCUAUAAAAAUGCUUUAUUUUUUCAUUGGUGAUGAAAGUCUGAAAUGUACAUUUGUCAUCCCCACUCCAUCAAUCUCUUUAACCAUUUUAAAGCUUUUUGAUUUAAAAAAGAACAAAAUUAACUCAAUACAUUAUCCUGUAGUUUACUUUACCUUUAAAAAUGGCACCUGUUUGAUGAUUUUAAUUUUGAAAUGUUAAUUUAAGAGACUCCUAAGUUAUUAAAUGAAGGAAAUUCAUUAAUAAAACAAACAAGGUAGGAGAUCACCCGAUGGAAAUAUUUCUCAGGCUGUGACUCGACAUCGUGCACAUUUGAUGGUCUUGCUUGACGGCACCUUGUUAAACCUGUUUUUUUCUGUUGGGCUGCAGCCUGGCUGGUUUUGUUUUUUUUUUUUUUUUUCAGUUA